AGGUAAUAUCGACAAAUCCACUAUCCACACGCUAAAUUAUGCGUUUUCCCUUAAUCACAGAACCAGUGAGACACAUUUCUUAAGAAAAUCCUUUUGCCGUUAUUAACAUCCUUGUUGUCUGACUUAAAACAUCCACACUGCGGUCUGUGCUCAGUGUCAGCUUUCCAGCCAGACUCUCCUCACAUCCUCGUCUUCCUGCAAGACAUCGCAGCUAACAUCAUGAUGCGCUCAGUCCUCAGUGUCUGUGUGAUGUUUCCUCUUCUACUACAAGGUUUGAAUGCUCAGCUGCCAGUCCAGCUAGUGAAUGGAACUGCCACGUGGAAUGGCCGCCUUGAGAUAUUGUACAGAGGAACAUGGUACCUAGUGUGUGACAAUAGGUUUAGGAGACAAGAGGCACAGGUGGUCUGCAGGAUGCUGGGCUUCAACACGUCGCACGUUUAUUCCACGUCGGUAUUAAUAGACAGUGAGAGCUACAACUAUAUCAGGUUUGUCGACCUGAGGUGUACAGGCGAGGAGACCAGCUUAGAAAAGUGUAACUAUACAGAGAUUAUCAGUGACCUCACGUGCGACUAUGUCAAUGCUAUCACCUGCAACUCACAAAACAUACAGGUGCGAUUGAACCUCAUCUCACCUAACAGAGGUUGGGUAGAGAUAGACAUCGGAGUUAAUCAAUGGCGGAACCUGUGUGUGUCGUCUGACAACACUGCCAGGGUCGUCUGUAGACAUCUCGGCUUACCAUGGCUUACUGCGAGGACGUUUGUAUAUAAAAGCUUGCGGCAUGUUAAUGGAGUGACUGAUUUCUCAUCUUGCCUUGGGAAUGAGACUAGCAUCGCUGAGUGUCAGCCUGAGAUGUUUAGUGACGGAUACUGCUGGGUUUACACCAUCAUUUGCAGUGACUAUAUUGUCAACAUCCACACAAACAGUAGCAGAUAUCCUUUAAUGGCGAAAACAAAAGCUACUUUAAAGUAA